AAGCAGUGAAAUGUAGUGUAAAUUUCGUGAUAAAAGCAUCGUUAAACAGCAAAAAAAUAUUGUAAACGAAUAGUUUUGGUUAACUGUAAUCGAUUGAAGAUAAAUUUUGGUGAAAUCGGAGUGUAUUUGCAGUGGAAAAAGCGUUGUGAAAAAUUGAAGUCUUGACCAAGUAGUUUUUGCUCUUGGUUGGCUCCGUGUCUGUCUACUGCUAAGCAAGAGCAGCCAUGAAUGGCUGCUGCUACUUGCAUCGGACAUAAGUUAGUGAUUGCAGAAAAAAGCAAAACUGGUUUUUGCGUCUGAUUUAAGCUAAUUCCACAUACACUGUUACGCCGUAAGUGACGGACUUGCAUUUGCGUUCCACCCCGCUGCUGCUGACAGUGUGCAAGCAAAAACCUGCACUCAUAAACAGAAAAGGGGAAGGAAAGUGAUAGCUGCGGUCAACUAAUAACAGCAAGCAUUACGCUAUACCGUUAAAAGUGCGAAAGAUAAUGGGCAAAAGACAUGCUGCGGAUAGUGAAAAUCAGUAUGAAACUCCGCAAAAGCGACAAAAGGUGGCCGCCUCGAACGUGAACUCGUUCGCGGAAACUCCCAACAGUAGUCCGGCCCUAAAUGUGAGUUUUACUUUAACCCGUGAGUUUGUCGACGGGACAAUAUUGACUGAUUUAACACUAAAAGACUGGCGAAUCGGGAAACCUAUCGGUAAAGGAAGCUUCGGUGAGAUAUUUUUAGCUUCAGAUGACGUAUUCAAACCAGUCACCAGUCAAAAUGCAAAAUAUGUGGUUAAAAUUGAACCCCAUUCCAACGGGCCACUGUUUGUGGAGAUUCACGCAUUGCUCAACACUGCCAAAGCUUCUGAAUCGAACAUCAUUCCGCCUGGCAUGCCGGAAUACAUCGCCUCCGGGUCGCAUUACUUCAAAAACGAACGUUAUCGCUUUCUAAUAUUGAAACGAUAUCAGCGAGACCUGCACUCACUGAUCAAAAACAAACGCGUCGAACCGAAGAGCGUCCCCAUUAUCGCUUGUCAGAUACUGGACGUGCUGGAACAUCUGCAUGACAAGGGUUAUGUCCAUUCAGAUAUCAAAGCGGAGAACCUCAUGCUGGGCAAGGUUCCCGUUUCACUUCUGACUAAUUUGAAGAGUACCAAACUUUUUGAAAACGGCAAGAAACAAUCGCCAGUGAAAAAUGCUAAACUUGGAAGCGACAGCAACGGAUUCAAUGUGCUGGCUUCCACUCCGACUGUGUUAAUGAAAAAGAUUCCUGCAAACGGAGUGGAAUUUAGCGGUUCAAAUCCGGUCCGUUCGUGCCGCAAUGGCGGAUCAACUGAGUUUGAAACUUACAAGGAUAUGGUAAAAUCUCACUAUUUGCGACCGCUUAAAAAUAUUGUCUAUCGAGAUGAUAGCGACGAGGAAGAUCUGAAAAAUGGCAAAAAGAAGCGUAAGCGAAGAAAGGAUGCUGAUGAUAGCAAAUCUUUUUUCUAUACAAUUACUACCAAGAACGUAUCGGAUACUUUCAAACAAAUUGACGUACAGAUCAGUCGCGACGGGGCGGCUCUCAUCAAUGGAAUGAAGACAGAAAAUGGCAGAAAGAAACUAUCUGAUGUACAUUCGGCAAACGAAGUGAUGGAGGAUCGCAUCCAUCUGAUCGACUUUGGACUGGCGUCGAAAUUUAUCGAUUCAUCCGGGCAGCAUCGGCCGUUUUGUAUGGACCAACGGCGUGCCCACGACGGCACACUGGAGUACACCUCACGGGACGCCCAUAUGGGAGCGCAUGCUCGUCGGAGCGAUCUGGAAUGUUUAGGUUAUAAUCUUAUCUUCUGGAGUCGCGGUUUUCUGCCCUGGAAGGACGAGAAAUUGCUGAAUCAACCGGAACAGGUUCACCGCAUGAAAGAGUACUUCAUGACCGAUGUGCGCGAAAUGUUGAAGCUGAUCUACGGCGAAGACUGUCCGAAAUACUUGGGCGAAUUUCUACACUACGUUGGCGGACUGACGUACGACGAACGGCCGGAUUAUGACUAUUUGCGUGGCCUGUUCUAUCAGGAAUUGCGCCGUCUCGGAUGUAAUGCCAAAUCACGGCUCAAGCUGAAGGUAGAUGAUAUCAUAAAGCUGAGUCAACCACUCACGGCUCAGGACGAAGCGGAGAUCACUAACAAAAUUAAUCAUGUGAAGUCCUUGAUGAAGAUGGGCGUUCUUCCGUACCGGGAAAGUACUCUGCAUAAUAAGACUACGUCGCCGAAAAAUCUACGCUCGAAACGAGAUAGUUGCAAAACUCCUGCCACCAAUGGUAAACUGGCGAACGGCGCCAAGAAUGGAACGACAAGCAUAAAGGAAAGCUGCAAGAAAGAGAAAAAGUUUUCUUGGUCAGAAAUUUUGAGCACCGAUCCUGAUCAGAUUGCAAGAGAACGCGCUGAGAAGGAAUUUGAAAGGGCAGAUCAGAUGGAGGAAGUGGUCAUUUGCUACACUGGAAAUCCAACGUACGCGAUUCGAGAACUCGAAAACAAGCGCGAUUUGGGAACACCAGGUGGUGGACUAGAGUAUACGGAAAGCGAAGAUUACAUCAAGGGCUACACGAAACCGAUGAUGGAGAUCCUGAGAAAGCGGCAAUCGCAGCUGUUGCGUGAUAUUGGUCAUUCUAAUGGUUACGGUAAUGGAGUGAAAGAACCACCCGAUGAUGAUGAUGAUGAUGAUGCCGGUAAUAAUGAUGAAGAAAGCGAACAAAGUGAAGAAGAAGAGGAGGAGGAGGAGGAGGAAGAAGAAGAACAGGAGAACAGUGACGAUGACGGUGAUGAGGAAAAUGAAAAAGAAAGUAUAAAGCAGGACAAUGGAGAAAAAGCAGAAGUAAGUGAGAGCGAAGAAGAAGACGAAGAGGAUACAGUUGUCGAAGAAGAGGAAGAAGCAGAGGUAGACAGUGAGGAAAAUGCUUCGGAAGCAGAUUCUGGCAAUGACGAUAUUGAUGAGGAGGAGGAAGAAGAAGAGGAAGUUCAAGAAAAGUUAAACCAUGAUAAGAAAAAACCAAUUAACGGUAGAAUACAAAAUUCGCAAAAGGCAGCUCGGAAAACAAAGCACAAUGCUCGUAAAAUAGAAAGCGACAGCGACUUCAAUGAUGUCGCAGAAGAUGAUAAUGAAGGAGAAGAUGAUGAAGUGAUAGGCAGAAAGCGCAAAGGCCGCCGGAAGCAGUUCCAAUCUGAGAGCAGCGAACAGCACGACAGUGACUUUAACGAUCAGGAAAGUUCCGAAUACGAAAAUCGUGAUAUACGUAGUAAAAAACCACGCGGCCGCCCAAGACUGAAGAAGAAUCCGCAGAAAACGGCCGAAUCGAAACAAACUCACUCAAAAGCCAACGGCUGCGUAAGCACGAAAGUUCCUGUGAUAGCAAGAAAUAACAACAAUAACAAGCCGUACUAUGGCGACGUGGAUGAUUCCUCUCAUGACGUUCCAUCGCAGCAGCAAAAGUAUCGGUUAAUAAAACGACGCAAAUCUGGUCUGCGAGAGCGGAUACGACAGACCGAUCGCAGUAUCAAGUAUCAUGAUGAUUUGGAACAGAAAAAGUCUAAACGAAGCCCACGUAAACGUUACUCCCACGACGAGGACUAUUGCCAGGAGGAGGAUGAGUCUUCCUGCAGCUCGAACCACACGGUCACUUCGGUUGCAUCUUCUGCUUUAACGGGCAGCUGUGUCAACGGCACUGGAUCCGACUUUUCAGAAUACGUUCAAAGCGGUGCAAUUCCAAAGCGCAAGUCUUCCCGGAAGCGUAAGAUCCGCUCCUACUCCAACAGUAGUCGUUCGGCGCUCUCUUCUCACUCACGUUCCUCUUCCACACACAACGUCGCGACAGCCAACAAUGUCGUUACCAACAAUAGCAACGGCUUGUGCCACCGGUUUGCAGGAGAAGACGAUGAGUUUUUCGACGAUGAUGACACUCGUGACAUGGAUUACAUCCCGUGCAAACGACAACGAAAUCGGAAGCCUACUUCUUGCCGGAAACCACUAACAUUGAAAAAGAAAAAUGGAGAAGGCAAAGGCUCGUUUUCACUUGUCUAAGCUGUUGUUGGCCCACAGGCGCACCUGCACUUCUAUGCGUUCUUAUCAUUCUAUGGCAGGUGAAAGAUGUUUGGAGCAUUUGUGCGAGCGGUACGCCAGCGGAAGCGGUUCGAUAUCAGUUGGGUUUUUCCAAAAGGCCGUCUUUGUGUGUCAGAUCUGGAUCUAAAGGACACGAAAAAAGACUGAUUAUCAUUACGUUAGGAAUACGCGGUUCUCGGUUAACAGUGAUGAGUACAAGUUUCGCUUUUGUUAUUUUUCAACGAAAUACUGCUAGAAAUGCUCUUGCUGCGUCACCCUAAAAAACUUUCUCUCUAUGCAUGGCUUAAGAAAUUUUUGUUUAAAACUACACGAAAUUGAAAUGGGAUGGAUGUCAGGUACAUUCGGGCAACUUGAAAAUAUUACUUAACAGUAAUAUCAUGUAUUGCUUUGCAUCCUAUUUGUGAUUCAAAAAAUUAAUUUCAAACGAUUUGAUGUAAUUGACAUUUUGUCAUUUAAUAUAAUGCAUUUGGACGAAAACUGAAAUUUUGUGUUUAGUUUCUCAUGCUGUAGUUUGUUUAGAAAACCCAAAAGUUAUAAUUUCUCCAAACUUUUACCUAGAAAACAAAAGAGGGUAUUGACUGAAGAUAUUGGAGCGUCUUAGUAGAAUACGAAACCUGAAAUUAAAUGAAAAAGAAAACUUAUCCAAUUAAAUUCUGCUACGUAUAUUUCUUCCCGACAGAUACGUAUUUCACCUACGACUUGCAGGCUUCAUCGGUGUCUGUUUACGAGCUUCGAAGUUUUCUUUUUUAUUUAUUUCAUGGAAAAGAGGUAUUGUUUAGUUUCCGAGAAAAAGAUGCAUAAAUUUCGAGGAACACAACUUUUUCAAAGCAUCGAGUUUACUCUGCCACAGGAAUAUACUUAGAUGCAUGGUUUUUCCCAAUUUAUUGGGCUUGGUCAGAUUGUUAGAAAACUAAUAUCAAAAUCGGCAAAAAUCCACACCGUCCCCCUAAACUUGAAAUAUCACUGCACUAAAAUAAGUAAACAUCGAAGGUUUCAAGUUCUACUUAGAAGCUGUAGGUGUUUUUGGUGGUACAAAAAUAUCCAAAUACGGUUCUCGAGAAUAAUCUAAAUAAAUUAUUAAUGUUGAGCUAUAAGUACAACUUGCAGUCUAUUUCUAUAUAGUGGUUUCGGAUCAAACAAUCUAUGAUUAAGCAUAAAUGAUGUUCGAAACAGUAUUGUUAAGUGGACAAAUUUUCAACUACUCCAAAAAAAAUUAAUAUCCGUACUAACUUCAAUGUUGUCAAUGUCAAUCAAAGCUUUUACAAGCAAUGGAUUGCUCGAUUAGAUCUCUCUGGGACGAUGUAUCACUGGGCUUUUCCCUGUACAAAUGAAAUGAUGGUACGAAAGCGACCCAUGCAGAAUAGCUAUAUUUCUCCAAACUUUAACAAAAGCUACUCUUGUACACAUUAUUUACCAAGAACAACCUUUAUCGAGCACAUUUUUGGCCAAGUGGAUCCAAAUUAUUAUAAACAACCAAAAACAAAAACGCAUCGACCAUUGAUCGGCCCCCCGGGACCCCCUUUAACGAUCCGCAGCCGCUGUAACCGCUAACCAUCCACUAUUCAGCAGGUGUGCAGCUGAACCGCAACCCCAAUUCAGUUUAACAAAAAAAGCAACUUCCUCGCGCAUCCACUUGCCUUCCACCAUCUGCUGUGCCGUUCGGGUCAUCGGUAGUUCGCAUAUCGUGGUCCAAAAUGGUUCCAUUUUCUUUACCCUACCCGCGGACGGUUGCUAUCUAGCUUGCGCACUUUACCGACCUUUACCGACGGUUGACCAUCCAUCCACCCAAACCACCCUGUACCCGUGUAUGUGUCUUGUACCCUACAGGAACCGCGACAGAAGCGGCGUUACCGGUGCCAAAGGUAUCACCCGUCAAGGGGAACGGCGUCGUUGCCGGUCUGCGCGGGCGCCGCGAUCAAACCAUCCGGACCUAUAGCC